AUGGCUCUCUCAUUUACAGCAUCUUUCUUCAUCGGCUGGGCUGCUGGGGCCUGCACGAUUUCCCUCUUCAUCGCAAUCAUCUUCCUGGCUUUUAGAAGGACUGCACGUGGAGCUUCUUUCUUCGCCUUUUUGAGAAUCGGUCCCAAGUGCGAUGGUUCUGAAGUCUCUACCAAGCAAACUGCUUCAGCCACGAAUGCUCCCACUCCUCAGCACGACCCAGUGCCCCUGUUUGUCCCAAACCCUAUCGCAUGGCAGCACAGAGAGCUGCACGAGCGUCUCCAUACUAUCGUGGGACCCAAAGGAAUACAUGAGAAUCUCAGUUUCGAGGUUUUCAUCAAGUUUCUUGCUCUGAAGCUUGUCUACGGCGGCCAAAAUCCUGCCAUCGAGCCUACCAUUAUGCCCGCCAUCGAGAGGUCCAUGUUCGAUGAUCAAGAACUCACCCGUCUUGCGGGCAAUCCCCCGGAAGGUCAGACUUGGUCUGAGUUGAUAUGUGACCGAGAUACCCGAUACUACGCCAUCUGGACAUUCCUCAUCCGCCUCAUCUACAAACGAAUGCAUCCCACUUACAACAAAGUUCCGUGUGGUGAUUAUAGCCUCUCAGACUCAGGGCAGCCCACCCGCGACAUUCAAGAAUGCCUGUUGCCUCCUGAGGUCUCAAGCUGUUUUCAGCUCAUCCCUAAUCGCUACGUAGCCCUGACCGAGGACUUCGUUUCGGUCUGGAGAGAGGCUACCCUCCUGUUGCUCAGGCCUCUUUACAAAUUGAUAUAUAUACCCGCGACAGAAUUCCCCGAUGACGGGAGUGACCCACGGCAGAAGAGGAUCGAUUCCAUGGCCUCCGAAAUCGUCGAUGCGCUGAAAAUGGAGCUCCUUGAUGCUGGCGGCCGUCCAGGCGAUGUGAUCAAAGAAAGGCUGAGCACCCAACUUGGCCGCGCAGCAAACUCGGCGCUCAUUUUCUUUGGGCAACCCUCAGAAUGGGAGGCUGACUGGGUCUCAGACCAAGGCCGCCUUGUUACCCCAAGGAUCCGAUUCAUGUGGAAUGGCCAGGUCAAAUGGACCAGGCCGGGUGCGCUGUACCCUGGCACCCCAUGGGCUCCCAUAGAGGUAGAAAAGAUUAAAGAGUAG